AUGCCCCCAUGGAUUCUGUGUUUAGUGUAUGGAGCUGAGUGCUCAGCUGUACAGACACCGCAACCACAAGCAGCAAAGCAGCAGCUGCAGCAGCAGCAGGAGCAGCAACCCUAUCUUCAGCAGCAGCAGCAGCAGCAGCAGCAACAGCAGCAGCAACGCCAGUUCAAUCCCCAGAAGCAGCAACGACAGCUGCAUCUGCUACAGCUGCACCAGCUACAGCAGCAGCAGCAAAAACAGCAACAGCAGCAUCAACAGCAACCGCAGCAACAGCAGCAGCAGCAGCAGCAGCAGCAGCAGCAGCAGCAGCAGCAGCAGCAAACCUAUAAGUGUGAUGUUGCAGUGUUUGUUCCAAUCGAGGCAAUCAUUGGGGCCCUUCCAGCAGCUGAGGAGACAACAAAAAACACAAAAAGAGACAAAUGCAUAUUUAUCUCAGCAGCAGCAGCAGCAACAGCAGCAACAGCAGCAACAGCAGCAGCAGCAGCAGCAGCAGGGAAGGCAGAGGCAGAAGUAGCAGCAACAGCAACAGCAGCAGCAGCAACAACAGCAGCAACAACAACAGCAGCAACAGCAACAGCAGCAACAACAGCAGCAGCAACAGCAACAGCAGCAACAACAGCAGCAGCAACAGCAACAGCAACAGCAACAGCAGCAACAACAAGAACAGCAGCAGCAGCAGCAACAGCAGCAGCAGCAGCAGCAGCACUAACCGGACGCCAUCAGCCAGCUGAAAGAAGGUGCAACUGCCCCAGGCGUUUUUUUCGAGUUUUAGUUUAUUAA